GGAGAAGCCAAAGGCAACGGCGGCAGAUGUUCAAGACAGCGGAGGACGUGGUGGUGCCUAUCUCGGAGAGCUUUUGAGGGGGCGGCGCUGUUUUCCUACCUCCCACCCCCCAGCCGUUGGUUGCGGGAGACCGGAGACUAGCCGGCGCCGUUAGAAGAGAGGGGGCUUUGCACAAGCGGUCCCUGUUACCAGGGAGCCAUUGCACGCUCGGAUCGCCCUGUAGGUGCAAGGAAGGUGGGCGAGUGGGCGUAGCUGGCAGAUCCAGCUCUUCAUGAUUUAACACUUUUUGACAAGGCACUUAAAAGAAGGAAUGGCAGAGAAAGUGAACAAUUUCCCCCCACUUCCUAAAUUUAUCCCGCUGAAGCCGUGCUUCUACCAGAACUUCACUGAUGAAAUCCCAAUUGAUUACCAGACUCUGGUGAGACGGAUCUAUCGCUUGUGGAUAUUUUACUGCAUCACCUUGUGUGUUAACCUCAUUGCUUGUCUGGCUUGGUGGAUCGGUAGUGGAGAGGGUGUCAAUUUUGGCUUGGCAAUUCUUUGGCUUGUCCUCUUCAGCCCCUGUAGUUAUGUGUGUUGGUUCCGGCCAGUCUACAAAGCCUUCCGGUCAGACAGCUCUUUUAAUUUCAUGGCGUUCUUCUUUCUUUUUGGAGGCCAGUUUAUCCUGACCGUCUUCCAGGCAAUUGGUUUCAGUGGGUGGGGAGCGUGUGGCUGGAUUGCUACCGUACGUUUAAUUGGCACGAAUGUUGGAGCUGGUGUAGUCAUGCUCUUCCCAACAGUUAUGUUCACCUUGUGCGCUAUCGGGAUGCUUAUAUGUCUCAUCCGGGUUCACCGGAUCUACCGUGGCGGAGGUGGAAGCUUUCAGAAAGCCCAGAACGAAUGGCAGAGUGGGUCAUGGAAAGAUCCUCCGAGCAGGGAAGCCCAGCACAGCAACUUUUCAGGAAACAGCCUCCCUGAAUAUCCAACAGUUCCCAAUUACGGAAACCCUUGGUCCUGAUCCUGGCCUGCUGUUGGGCUGCUCAAAUAGUUUGGUUUGAGUUGUUGCAAGAAACACAUUGGGUUCCUCAUUUGAAGCUCUCUCUCUCUCUCUCUCUGUCUCCUUCUUUCCCUCUUUCUCUUUUUCCUUUAGGGUUAGUGCACUUUCUUCCCCUAAUCGUGGUUUUAUUUAUGGUUCUCCCUUUAUGAUGGCAGCAGCUCGUGCCAAGACAUGGCUGUUGCCCAUAAAAUUGGAUUAGUCCUAUUUUUAUUGAUAGGAAUCCCCUUUUUUUCUCCCACGUAGGUCAUUCUUGCCAAUGGAUGCACAAGGGACUGGUUAAAACUGUCAUUUCUAUUGACUGCCUCGUUCACCACCAGGUUCCCCUGAAGAUUUUGGGAAAGUGGACUUAAACUUUUCUCCGCCCUUUCCCUGUUUUUUUGAGCUUGCUUGUGUGCUAAUCCUGACUCCCUGUAUCUUUUGGGGGUCCUGCAGCUCAAGGGAUCAUUGUGAAAGGAAAUGUGUGAUAGUGUGAACAGCUUGUUCAUGACGACAACUAUUUUUUGAUGUUUGCUGCUGCCAGAGCAGGAGUUUUGUAACUGAAUCCUUCUCCCAGGAAAAUAAUUCCUAGAAACAGAAAGUUAGCAGCAUGAUUUAAUCUUCUCAAUGAACUGCUAGCUUUCCGGAAUGGAGAACUGUAUUAAUUAAGGAGGACAAGUCCAAAUAUGGACCCUGCUCUCCUAAAAUAGGAUCCAUUUUCUGGAAGUUUUGACCUAUUAACAGGUCUUCGUUUUGCUUAUUUGUUUUGUUUAGAGUGUGUUGCUUUAGGCUCUCUUCCUCCUACUUUGCUGGCUAUUAACUUGCUUGCUAAAAUAGAAACUUUGAAGGUGACUAUGACCUGGUCUGAGCCUGUCCCUCUUGGGAAAAAGAAAUUUCCCAUAAUUAAACCACAGACCUUUUUUCAUUGCUGGUACUGACAGAUCAAAUUCUGUUCAGAUAUUCCACUUUACCUCAGAGCAGAUGGAUGAGAAUCUGCAAAGUAUCAAGAUCCACAAUCAGGCCGCAUCUACAAGUAUUUCUUUCCUCAGAUUUUUUUUGUGUGUGUGUGUGUGGUGGGGUGUCCAAUAGCUACUGAGCUCAAGGAGCCCUUAGUCUUUCUCAACCUCAGCAACUUUAAGAGGCAUGGACUUCAAUUCCCAGAAUUCCCCAGCCAGCAUGGCUGGCUGGGGAAUUCUGGGAGUUGAAGUCCAUACCUCUUAAAAUUACUGAGGUUGAAAAACAUUGCUUUGGCUGGGCCAGUUUGACAUUUCAGCAGUUCACAUCUCUUCCACAAUUUUCCAAUGAUCUUGGGUCUCCUAUGGCUUUGGGGGUGCCCUGUUCAGUCAGUGCUCUUCUUCUCACCGGUGUGAGUCUAAUUCUGGCAUCCUGGGAGGUAAAAUCCUCCCCAGAACUUGAUCCAGUUCUUUGUCUAAGGAUGCUUUUUGGAAGGUACCAGUUAUUGUGCUACCUCGGGCCAGUUUUGUCCAAUCUGAUCCAACACACUGGAGCAGCAGCGCCUUAGCUAUGCUGGUGAAGGAUUUCGUGGCUUAUGCUCCCCAUAUGUCUGGAAGCAGCCGGAUGUGUCCAGGCUGCCUCAAAGCAUUCAGACUCCGAAAUCUUGGGCACAGUCUUAAGGAGAGCUGUCUGUUAAGUCAUCUGGGCCUUCCCCCAUCAUCCAACGGUUAGUUGCCUUUUCAAACCUUUGCUUUUAUUUCCUUUCCGAGAAGCAGGCUUGUCCUGGUUCUUCCCCCCUUUCUUCUUUACAAAAUACAUUACUUUUUGGGGAAAUGUUGUGGGUUUAUCAAAAAAAAAAUGUGAAAAAGCAGCUCCAGGCAGAAUGGAAAAUAGGGAUAGGACAGAGACGUGGGUUGUAAUAUGUGCCUUAUCUGAUUUUACCUACUCUGGUCUGAUUCUCUUCCCCCCCCCCCUCCUCCAGAUCCCAGCCUUUUUUGCAUAUUUAGUGACCCUGGAAGGAUUCCCUCUUGGUCCAUUGGAAAACUGCCUGUUUUGUAAAUACAAGGGCCAAGUUCUCCCCCUCAAGGGUAUGUUAACAAGUGAGCCAAAGAAAAUGAGCCUCUUUCUUUUUCCUCUCUCAUUUUCUCCUUGUGAGAUUUCUUGAUACAUUCCAAACGUGGUUUUUGAAAAAAAAAAAAAAACGGUACCUGCCAUUUUAAAAUGCAUUACAUUUGUUCCAAAGUGCCAGUGAGCUGUCGCUUUAAAAUUGCCUUGCUGACAUCAUGCCGUUGCAUUGCAUGAGCUUUACUUUCUCUGCUUUUGCCUUAAUUGCUUUAAAAAAAAAAAUAGAGCCACAGGGGGGGAAAAUGCUGCCUAGCUAAUAGCUACCCUGCAGGGUCCCUGUUAUAGGCAUGCCCCAUCUCCAUUUCCUCAGAGGAACCUCCUCCAGAUCCCAGCCCUAAGCUAAACAUUUCCUCAGUACCACCAGUUGCUUUUUUUUUUUUUUACCCUGCACUUUUGGGCUUCCCAGUUUGGCUGCUGGGAAGAGAAAUGAGCUGACUGGUUCUUGAAACUCAGGAUAUCCAGGCAGGCAACUCCUGGGUACAAGGCUGCCUUAAAAGCAUCUUGGUGGACUCCCAGAUGGAUGGCCGUUUUCUCAAAAGUGGGGCGAAGUGGGACCAGACUUCUUGCCAAAUUGUGGAGGGGUUCUGUUCCUUCUGCAGGAGUCUCAGUCAGCAAAGACCCCUCAAGUUCUUUAACGCCAGUUAAACAGCAGCAGCAAAUAUUGCUCCUGUUGGACUAUUUUGCAGUAAGGCGGGGAGCGGGCUUGUAGCGUAGGCCUUUCUGGGUACCUGUAGGGAAUUCUAAUACCAGAGAAGAAAAUGCCCUAGAUGAGAUCUGCAAAAUCAAAUUAUCCAAGCAGAAAAUGGUGGCCAAAGGGUCUUGACAAAUAUUUGGGUGAGGGUAUCUCACAAGACCACCUCAUUUCUCUGCCAUGCUCUGCCCACUCCAGGAACCCUGCCAACCAUGACCUCCUGCUGCAGUUUCUAUUCUGGCGUUCUUAGCUCUCCUCAAAUCACGCUGUCCUUCAGAAUAACGUUUUGAGAACUAAAUCGCUUGCCAAUGUAUCAUGUCCGCCAUUGUCUUAAUAUAAUGUACUUACAACUCUAAAAAAAUUGUAAAUGUUUACAUUAUUCCCAACAACAUGGGUUUGGGUCAAGAGAUGGAUGUUGUGGAGAAUUAACUCUACUAUUCUGAUUCUGCAUCAUGUUGUAGAUUGUUUGCAUUGUGAUGUGGUGUGGUGUUCAUUCAUUCAGGGUUUUUUUUUUCCCUUUAAAAAUAAAUGAACCUUGGCUACUGGAAGUAGAAGCUGUGUUUAUGUAAUGUCAGAUGAAAUACUCUGUUCA